AUGCCCUUUUUUACCAUACAGCAGUGUGCAAUACCUGCUGUGACUUUUCUCGUCUGCCUCAUAGCAUAUCCAUCGUUGUGGCUACUUCGACGACUGGGACCUCAGCCCCUGACCCAACGACAAUCCAUCAUACUCCAUGUAUAUGCCGCGGUAAUCAUUUAUUGCUACUACAAGGCAUGCUUCACGGACCCUGGUAGAAUUCCCAAAGAUUGGGUGCCAAAGCAGAGCGAAUCAGUCAGAGGCAAAAACUCGGAGGAGGAACGUCAGCGUCAAAGAUGGUGUCGUAAGUGCCAGGCCUUUAAGCCCCCGCGGGCUCAUCACUGCAAGACAUGUGAAAGGUGUAUCCCCAGGAUGGAUCACCACUGCCCUUGGACAGCCAAUUGCGUUUCUCAUACUACAUUUCCGCACUUUGUUCGCUUCUUGUUCUAUGCUGUUGCUGGCAUGUCACAUCUCGAAUGUCUUCUUGGGUCGCGGAUGUAUCAUCUAUGGACGCAGAGCGAUCUACCAAGUUAUCUUGGUCCAAGCCCAGGCCUGAUGUUCGGCCUUUUCUUCAUUACCGCUUUGAAUUCUGUGGUCGUCUUUGCGUUGUUCAUUCUGCUCGCUCGCACUCUGUGGUGUUUGGGGGCGAACACAACCACUAUCGAGGGUUGGGAGAUUGAGCGACACGAGACACUGCUUCGUCGCGCGAGGUAUCUUGGUGGAGUUCUCGAAGGCCCUAAUGGAGCCAAGAUACGCAUCACCAGACAGGAAUAUCCAUGGGACAUUGGAAUCUUCUCAAACAUUGCUCAAGGCAUGGGUAGCUGGAAUCCUCUUGCCUGGUUCUGGCCGUUUUCCUUCACUCCAUCCGUGGAGAGUGGACUAGAGUUCAGAGAUAAUGGUCUCGAGGCUCCUGGUACUACAUGGCCUCCGCCAGAUCCGGAUCGCAUGUUCCGCAUUGCGCCUACAGAGAGAGCUUUCGAUCCAUCAAAAGCAUUUACCCAUUCCAUGGACCCGGACGAGUUUUACAAGAGGCAACAGGCUGAUCGCAUGCGUCCUUCGUUCGAUACAGAUACUUCUGAGCUUCGCCGCAGGCAGCCUUUCCAUGUGCGAUACGAUAAGAAAAGCAGCCAAAGACGUCGCGACGAAGACUAUGCUUACGGCACUGAUAACGACUCGGACGGCGAAGAGCACGAGCAAGAUUCACAUGAUUGGCAGCCAAAGCCAGGGGAAGGUGAAGAGGGCUGGCGAAACUCGGAGGGUGAAAGAUUAGAAGACUUUGGUGUUGACGAAGAUGUUGAGUUCUAUGACGAGGACGACGUGCCGCUUGGUGAGUUGAUGAAACGGAAGAACCUGAUCAAUAAUGGUACCACGCAUUGA